AUGGCGGUCGGCCUCCAAGUCGCCGGCCCAGGCGCCAUUGUCACCCUCGUCUUUCUGAGCAUCAUUAUAACCAUUCGCCUCUCAAGAUUCUCCAUACUACAAUAUGGCCGCAAGAAGUACCGAAACCCACAUGAACGCUUGAACUUUCAAAGGGAAAUUUCUGUCAUUUUGACGAUUCAUGACCCAAAUGACCCAAACAUGUUGACUUAUGUUCGAAGUAUUCUCAAAAACAAGCCUGAGCAACUCUUCAUCACUACUAGCGAUACAAAGGCUCAGCACCGGGUGGACGGUAAGUUGAAUGGGCUGAGAGCAGCGUACUCGGCUACGCAGAUUAGUGUUGGUGCUGUGAACGAGCCGAAUAGACGUCGUGAGAUCGCCCACGCUUUGAGCUCUAUCAACACUCCGCUGACGGUCCUGACUGAUCAGGGUGUUCAUUGGCCUGAGGGCUUUCUCAAGUCGGCACUCAUCCCCUUUGCAGAUCGUCGUGUUGGAUGUGUCACAGUUCCCAUGAUUGCACGCAAGCCAGAUGGAAUCUGGGAUUCGUUCCUCGCAUGCCUGUUCUCCUGUUACUACGGCCUGAUGGCAGAGGAGAACAGAGCCUUCAACGCACUUGACUGCUCUGCAAUCUUCCCGGGAUCGCCUAUCUUGUUCCGCACGUAUUUAGCUGCUCAGCUGAGAUUCAAGCAGCAGUUUGAAGUUGAGCCGUGCUUGAACCGAAGGCAUGGUGUUCACAAAGCGGACGAGUAUCUGUUCUUCAACCGCUAUUUCCUCCAAGAAGAGGCUGUCCAUGGGGCGCCUUGUCUUGUUGUUUUCCAAGAUACGCCGGAAGCGACGGUUCAAGUCGACAGAAGAUCUAUUGGCGAGUUUCUCCGUGAGUGUCUUCAGAUGACUCGGAAUCUUUGGCGUCUCAGUCGUGCCAUGAUCCGUCGGAAAGAGCGCAAGACGUAUCCCUACGCCUUUUAUCUGACCCAUCUCAGCAGUUUUGUGUCUUUUACCAUGAUCUACGAGAUUAUGAUUGUUUUUCUCGUACACUUCACGAUCUUAUUUGACGACGAGUGGAUUGCUUGGGUCACACUCGGAUAUUUGCUUUACAUCUUGCAGGCGUUCGUGGCCGGACAGAUAAUGAAGCGUUUCCGCACCGGCGGUUACGGCUACGGCAGAUGGACGCUUCUCAUGGCCAUUAUGGUGGGUAUACCAGCUCAUUAUGUUCUCGAGGUCCUUAAGCUUGUGGCACUGGCCACCGCAUGGAAGGCCGAUGUUGAACUGAUAAGUGAAGCUGACAUCAAAGUGCGAGUGGGCGACCCCGGUGCUUUAUGGUAUCACGUUGGCGGCGUUGAGGAAGCUCGAACGGAGAAUAAUGAACCGCCAUGGAUCUCAGGAUGCAUGGAGAUGACGAGACCCCAGCGCGCACUUCAACCACUGCCCGAUUUUCCAAUGUUCGUCAUUGAUGAAUAG